GGCUGAAGGCCAUUUUAUAGGGAACAAUACAAACAAUGGCAGUAUAGUGGAAGAGGAAAAGUGAAAGAGAGAGUCUCCAAUAACAUCGCGGAACAGUUCCUAUAGACUAUGUACUCAUUAUCAGGGGAUGUAACCGGUAAGUUUAGUUUCUGUCGGAAAAAAAAUACUAGUUUCGCUAGAGCAUUCACAACAAACUUUUUUUUGUUAGUAUUAAAUUGAUUUAACCAAUUAAACCAUUCUGUGAAUAUCUAUUUGAUCACACCAAAAUUGUAAUACUCCCAAGUCCAAGCUACAACCAUGUAGCAUAAUGAAGCCAUCUUCAUUCCUUAGGAAAUAAGAAAAAGGAACUAAUCAUCUUCCACCUAAAACAAUGGCAUUGUUACCAAUUCUGCACCUGACCCUUUUGCCAUUAAUCAUCUAUCAAGCCACCUUCUUUGCCUCAGCUGCAGUAGUUGAUCCCAUACUAGGGUUCACUCUUGUUUCAUUAGAUAACUCAAACCUUGUUAUUCAAAAGCCUUACAAUGUUCCAGUAUACCAGCGUUACAACUUCACAAAUGGUGUUCACCAAUUUUGGAUAUACCCUACAGACAAGUCUUUCAAGAUUGACAGCAAUACACAACCACGAACCGAGAUUCGUAUUAGUAAACAUGAAUAUACAUCUGGAUCUGGUAUAUGGCAAUUUGAAGGGUAUGGUUACGUUCCAAGUGGCACAAGCGGAGUUUGUAUUAUGCAAGUGUUUGGUGGAAGUUCUUCCGCGACAACCUUACAACUUAGGGUUUACGAUGGUUCAUUAACUUAUUCCAAGUCUCCUCAUGUUCUGUCUCAGAAUAUCUAUAACAGGUGGUUUAGGGUGAACGCGAUUCAUGAUGUGGAUGCUAACAAUGUUAAGAUUUAUAUUGACGGGGUUCUCAAGCGUGAUGGAGUUGGUAGCGGAGCUGACACUCACUACUUCAAGUUUGGAGUUUAUGUACAAAAUGAUUCUUCCAACUGCAUGGAAUCUCGUUGGAAGGAAGGAUAUUAAAGUUUUUAAAAAGUAGAGUGCAUUUCUUUUUGAUUUUCGGUGUAAAACUAUUUUACACUUCCAUUAAACUCUUAGAAAAGACCACCAUGAGCAUUCAUUCUUUUGAAGGUUGGGAUUUCAAAUUUUUAAUGCUCAUGUAUAUCGGUUGCUUCCAACUCAAGAAAUCUUUUCAUUUAUGUUCUAUUAAUUAAAUCCUAUGUCAACAAAAACAAAUUUCUGUUUUGGAUAAAAGUGAAGUGAUGACAAUGUCCACUGAGACUGUGGUGUCCUGUAUUCAUAGUUUUCAGAACGACACUCUAAUGGCAUAUACAUCAGUUAAAUGAGAUAUAUUUUCUAACUGCUAUAUCCAGAAUUUAUUCAUAAAUUAAUGUUUGUAUAUAUAGGUACUUUCGACAUGCUUCAGGAGAAGUCUAUGUCAUUUCAAAAGCAUUGACUCAGUUUAUUUCAAUAAACAG